AUGCCUCACGCCACGAAAGACAAGCGCUCCGGCUCCCCCGAGGAUGAUGAUUUUGACAAUGUGAUGCAAUCGCUGAACAACUACGAGGGUGGCCCAGAGUUCGACUUCUUGAACCGAGAAUUGGAAGUCGGUGAUAAAGCAGAUGAUGCGAUCGACUUUGAAGAUUUUGACGACGACGAACUUCCCGACGAAGAGACCGACGCAGCGCCUCGACCACCCCAAGCAAAAGAUGCGGACGAGAUCCCUUUCGCGAACCUCGAAGCCGAUGACGCUGGUCUUUUUGGCCCUGAAGAUGACUUAUUCGGUGGUCAGCCUGACACUGAUAUGCAGGAACAAGAUGACAACCUUGAUGAUCUCUUCGGCGAAGGGACUGCGUCACCUCCCCCGGCUGGCCAGGCAGAUCACAUACAUGCACUCUUCGAGGAGGAUGAACCUCCACUGACCGGCCAGCCAGUCGAGCUGCCCCCGAUACCUCCGGCGCCAGAAGCCGAACCUGAGCCCAUUGCAGAUGAAGAUGAGGAUGAGCUUGAUACCGAAGAUAUGGACCCUGCGACCCUGCGCGCUUGGAAGCUCCAACAGGAACUCUUCAAGAUGUCAUCGAUACUAGGGCCCGAUACCCUACCUGCGCCACCAGAGAACACUGAAGAGCUUCUCGGAUCUCUAUUCCCAAGUUUUGAUCGAAAUGCUCUCCCGCGCUGGCUCGAGUUGAUCCCUCCUAAGAAAGCAUUUUUCCUGGGAAAGCAGCCUUUAAAAGUUCCGAAGGCAGUCCUUCCAACGAAAGUAAAUAUCGAAUUGGCUCCAGACCACGAGCGAGUCUUCAAGACUGGUCAACCUUCUAAGAGAGGGGUUGAUCAUGAGUCCUUGGGAUUCGUGAUGAUCGCCGAAGCCGCGCAAGAAGAGGAGCCCAAGGAGGAUGCUGAAAUGGCCGAUGCAGAUGUGGAUGAGAUGCUCCCUGGUGGCUUUACAAUGCAGGACCUUCGAACCAUCUGUGCGGAUUGGGAUAUCAAGGAGGAAGACCUUCAUGCGACAGAAAAGGAGAGCUUUCAGACCACGCAGGCCGAGCUUGAAGCCUUUGAAGACGAUGAGCUGGACUGGCUAGUUGAGGCAGACCAUCCUUCAAAGAAACGCAAGACUGGACCAACUCCCAUGGAUGUCAUCGCCUUGUCGCACCUCGACAUUCCGCUUUUGGAUGAUCCUGAGCAAGUACUUUCCCCAAUCGCGAAAAAAGUCAUCAUCGACAUGAACGAUCCCAAUAUUCUCGUCGAAGAACUGGGACCCGACUCCGUUGCUCAGAAACCAAAGCACGUCGUUCCUCGCAAUGGGGAAGAAGUGGAUGCCAAUACUACUCGCCGCUUGACUCAGAGAUACAAUAUCUCGAAUGAUCAGGCAUACGACAUGCUAAAACAAAACCACCAAAAUAAGAUUCGGAGCACGCUUGGGAAUGUCACCUUGGAGCACGCUCUGCCGGCUUUGCGUUUACAGUGGCCCUAUUACAAGACGGAGCUGGCAAAGGCCGAGUCCAGAUCGUUCCACCGGCCAUCCAUGGUCUUCCGACAGGGUCAGACUUCAUGGUUCAAGAACCCAAUACAUGUCAAGCGAAAACACUACAAAGGCAGAGAUGCCAAAUCCCUUUUCGCAGACACAAAGGCUUUAUCUAUGGCAGAUAAUUCCAGCAUGCUGCUUGUGGAGUACUCCGAGGAAGCUCCAAUGGCCCUCUCUAAUUUCGGCAUGUGCAAUCGAUUCAUCAACUACUACCGGCGGAAGAACCCAGAUGAUCCCACUCGCCCCAGGGCUGAGAUUGGAGAGACAGCCGUUUUGUUGCCCCAGGACAAGAGUCCGUUCUCCAUUUUUGGGCACGUGGAUCCAGGCGAAAUCACCCCUGCAAUCUCAAAUUCAAUGUACAGGGCGCCACUUUUUCCGCACCAGUCUAAGUCAAACGACUUCCUGGUAAUCCGCAGCUCUACUGGAUCUGGAGGUAGCAACUAUUACAUGCGCAACAUCGAGAACUUCUUUGUCGCGGGUCAGCAAUUCCCUUCCGUAGACAUUCCUGGUCCGCACUCCCGCAAGGUCACUACUGUCGCCAAGAAUCGCAUGAAAAUGCUUGUUUAUCGACUCCUCAAGAAAAGCGCCGAUGAGAGACUGUCGAUAAGUGACGUGACAGCCCACAUUCCUGGUACUACCGACAUGCAAAAUCGACAAAAGGUCAAAGACUUCUUGCAGCACGACAAAGAUACGAAGUACUGGAAGCCUUUGGACCCCAACCUCCCAGAUCAAGAUACCAUUCGGUCUUGGGUUCAACCUGAAGAUGUUUGUCUUCUGGAGUCCAUGCAAGUUGGCCAACAGCAUCUUCAUGAUACUGGCUUUGGGAACGAUGCCGAUAAUGCAGGCGACAAUGAUGAUGAUGAAGAAGGCGAGAGUUUUGAGCAACAAAUGGCUCCCUGGAGAGCAAGUCGUAAUUUCUUGCUAGCAUCUCAGGGCAAGGCCAUGUUGAAACUCCACGGUGAGGGUGAUCCUACCGCACGUGGUGAAGGUUUUAGUUUCAUCAAGACAUCCAUGAAGGGUGGCUUCAAAGCCAUUGGAGAGAGUGUUGAGGACAAACUGGAUGCACAACGACUGAAGGAACUCGGCGGCCACAGCUACAAUGUUGCACGCCAGCAAAAGUCUUACGAGACUUCUAUCCGGAGUAUCUGGGAAGCCCAAAAGGCGAGCCUCUCGUCCACUGUCGAGCAUUCGGAUGAAGAAAGCGAUAUCGAUCAAGAAGGAGGUGAAGAAGACUUCAGCAAGCCAACGCCACGAUCCGAAGCGCCCACCCCAGCGCCCUAUUACAACAACGAUGACACGAUGAGUCAAUUCAGUAGAAUGAGCUUCGCCACUCAAAAAGGCAAAGUUCUGCGGAUCACUCGUCAAGUCCAGGGCUCCAACGGUGAACUUAUCGAGAAGGAGCAGAUUGUUCGUGAUCCGCGUGUGAUCAAACAAUACAUUCAACGCCGCUACGACACUGAAGCUUCUACUAUCAACCUUCAGUCUAUCGAGCCAACUGGAGAUCCUGAAGUCGACGCUCGCAACCAGAAACUGCUCCAAGUCGAAUUAAACCGCCUUCACCGCAAUAAGGAGCGUCGCUUUGCCCGUGAGAAACAGAAGGGCAUCACGCGUGCUGGCGAUUCUCCUGCCGAUGGCAAACCUACUGGCACCCAGCGCAAGUGUGCCAACUGUGGCCAAGUCGGACAUAUCAAAACCAACAAGAAACUUUGCCCGCUGCUUAACGGUACGAUGAAGCCGGAGGACCGCGUCACUGACUCGGCCUUCUCAAUGAGUGCCCCUGUUUUGUAA